UCAAUGUAGGUACCUACCCAUUAUUGUUGCUAUUGUCCAAAAUAAAAUUUGGUGAUCGUGGGCGAUAUUAUAAUAAAAAUCAAUCCCAAGCUUUAUAUCUCGCAUCUCUUAUCAUCUAAUGUUUUCGUGAAUUGUGACAUCAAUUGUGAAUCUUUUGCCGCAGUCAGUGCGUAUUGAUACUAAAUAUUCUUGCGAGUUGCGAGCUCUUUGGUGCUAGUUAAUCUUGGAUAGUUUUACUUCUUAAAGUGUUGAUCACUGUUCACACUAUUUAUCAGACGGUCAUUGUAUCACGUAUAUUUUUUACAUCCGCAAAAGAACUAACUUCUGCAAUCAUGCUUUCUCUCCCGUUCCAUCAUAGAUUUAAAAGAUAGAAGUGAAUUGGUAUUGUAUUUUAGUGAAAAAUACUGUGUCCUCGUAUAAAAAGGGAUUGUCUGUACUUCAAGGAUUUCGAUCAGAGGCAACGCAAAAUGGCGGUAAAGAAGCACGAGUUGGUGCACGACAACCGCCAGCUUGACCUGACUGCUCUGGCGCAGUAUCUUCAGCUUAUGAACGAGCAGCCCAAUUAUUUGCCGCCGGCGAACGAAAUCAUCAAAACUUGUCAAGAUAUUGUGAAAUGUUUGUCGCGUUCGACGUAUAAUGAAGAUGAAUUGUAUGAUAUACUUCACACGAUCGAGGUGUUCCUUCUGCGCAUCGUGACUGCUGCCCACAGCAGUCUUCGCCAUGAAAUCGUCACGGCAAUCCUUGACAAGUUCCACGCAAUUAUUUCGGAUCCCCAGUCCGACGCCAGCCCUGCGACUUCGAUCGUCUUGGUUGUGUUGGACUGGUCCGAUCAAGACGCCACGUUGUCUGCCGCGCGCUGGCUGGUACAACAAGAAGAGAAUGGACCUGCAGGAGCUGGACUCCGUGCGUCUUUAUCUUGCCUCUACCGCUGGCUAUACGAGUGGCAUGCAACCCCUACACUUGGCGAUUGGGUCAUGGCGUACAUCAAAGCUUUGGAGGAAAACAAACAAUUUGACAUCCUCAUUGAAGUGUCGGUUGACAAUCUAAGCCGGCUGUUUCUCGCCAUGGACAACCCCAUCGGCCUUCGCCAGUCAGUCGCCGAUGUCAUCUUCCACAUUUUGGCAUCACUGCGCGAAUCUACGGAGGCUUUGGACAGGCUUUCCCCGCACGUCGGGCGUGUGCUGGUAAAUUUGGCCGCAGACAGCGGGCAGUUCAGCCGGCAGCUGCUGCAGAACGUGGUCGACAUCCUCACUUCCACUCUAGACCGCCUUUCCAACUCGCUGAGGGGUGAUGCCCAGGAUUUGUUCAAGAACAAAUACGCUGACGUGAUUCUGUGUCUUGAGCGUCACAUGGCUUCGCGUUGCUGCCGCUACACUCAGUUGCCGCCUUGGGAAGCGCGUGAAGAGUGCGUCGCUACGAUGGCAUCGAACGCCACGAUGCCGAGAGUGGGCCUGCUCAAUCUGGGCAACACUUGCUACAUGAACAGCGUCUUCCAGGCGCUGUUGGCUACAAAGCAAUUCAGCACCCACGUAGUGUUGCGCAUGAAUGGCGCCCCUUAUUGGUCGAAAAUGGGCAUCCUCUUUGCUAAGAUGAUGCAUUGCAUUGGCACCAAACUGAGCCCCAAGGAGUUCGUUGCCAUCUUCAAGCCGCCGUUCUUCGUCAGGAACAAUCAGCAUGAUAGUUCGGAGUUCCUUGGGUACUUGUUUGAGCUACUGCAGUCCUACGAGCACUGCUCCGACCGCAACUUCGACUACUCGCGGCCAGCGGUCCUCAACAACCGCAUGAGGGCCAUAGCCUCCGCGACCCCUCAACCAUCAUCAUCCAGUGAUCACGAGAUCGGUGAGUCGGCCCGUCGGUCUGUAUCUCCUCGCCCGGGCAGCAGUGCGGCUGGUUCAAGCUCAGGUGCCGUGAAGCGCGCUAAUGUUGACGAGCUGCACAUUCCGUUGAAGAAGCGGCUCCGCCAUUCGUACGACCCUGGAUUCCCGCGUCACGACUCGGCAUUUCUCCGCCGCGACUCCUACAUCGACAGCCUCUUUGGCGGAGUACUGCUGACUCGUGUCGAGUGCACCGAGUGCCAUUCUUCAUCUCUCUCUCGCGAUGUCUUCCGCGAUCUCCAACUCGCGUUCCCGGAGAAACCCGAAGGCUGGCAGCACAACGUCCAGAACCUAUUGGAGUUCUAUUGCUCCAAAGAGCGCCUCUCUGGUGACAACCAGUACGAGUGCCACGAUUGCGGCGGCCUCCGCGAUGCUGAGCGCAGCGUGCUUAUUGAAACCACUCCCAAGUAUCUCAUCCUUGUUCUCAAGUAUUUUAAGUUCGAACCGAAGCUGCAAGUGCAAACAAAGUUGAUGCACUCGAUCUACCACAACCACACGGUGACCCUGCCCACCGUCCGCUCUCAAGCCGACCACUCCACCUACUCGCUUUACGCCGCCGUCAUCCACAUGGGAACCACCCUGGACUCGGGCCACUACUACACCCUCGCCAAGGACAACGACGAAUGGCACACCUACAACGAUGAUGAGGUCGCGGUGAGUGACGAGUCUCAUCUUAACAACUUGCACCGCGCCAGCACCCCCUACAUCCUGUUCUACAGGCGCACCGACAUCGAAGAGGGCCCCGCCGUCUCGUUCGAAGAAAUGCCCACUAGGCUGCAGGAAAGCGUCCUGUCCCACAACAAAUGCUUUGUCGACACUGUCCAACAGGUACGGCUGGGGCGGCAGUGACAAUUAAGGUCGCAUACCAAACAGUUCGGAUUCAUCAACUAACUUCGAUCGGCAAAGCACAUCGGAUUCGGAACAUUUCGAAUUAUUUUCCUCUGUAUUUCAUUUCGGAGUAACGAUCUUAUUCGUUUUGUUUGUUUGCUCGUCUCAAAGGACAAUGUAUUGACUAAGAAAUAACACUGACUUCAUUUUGUUUGUCGACUCUUAUUUGGCCUUCUGAUUGAAAAUAGUUUCAGUACCUAUAUAUUAAUUACAUAAUGAGUGGCUAUUUACAAGAUUAUCUUGCCUGCAAUGUAAUAAUUCAACUUAAAUAUAAUAUUCAAUUAAUAUGCAUAUUUACUCGUAUUCAUCAAUCACUUAAAACAUAAGAAGUAGAGUAGUCCAAACAUUUGAAGCUUUUUGCUAUUUCGUGUUUAUCACAAGGUGUCUAAUAUUCAGAAUCCAAUUGUAGUAGAUGUUCAUUAUUGGUGUCAAUAAACUUAAACAUGUAAACGGACAGUUUUGAAUUGACUAGGUAUAUAUUAAAGCAUGCUACAUAAGUAUGAUAUUGAUUAUUAUAUUCAUUGAUGUAAAUAUAAAAAGGUCUCAUGGAGCCUUUAAGUUUAUGUAAAUUUUCUUUGUAAAUGAAAAGAGUUUAAGUUUAUUAGAGAUAAGGUAUAUUGUACUAUCGGGUGGAUUUAAUCAAGAGUGUUAACAAUUUACAAAGAGAGUUCACAGAAACAUUAGGACAUAGUUAAUAUUUUGUAAAAUUGACAUAGGAAUCAAGUAAUGAAUGCAGGUGGUUCAAAACUGCCUUUUCUUUUCAAAUUAUUAUUUGUUUAAUUGUUGCAUUGAAAAUCUUUUUUUGACAUAAUCGAAAUGUGUGCUCAUAAUAGAUAUGUAUUUCAUAUGAAAUAAAAAUCUAAAUUUAUUUAUUUCUCGAUAAUCUUUUCUUCUAUUUAGAUACAAUAAAUCAAUUUAUGAUUUUGGAUGAUUGGACAUAUCAUCCAUAUUAAAUUGUCCAGUGGUUCCAGAAUUUUUUGGGAACUUUUUUACUUUAACGUUAUUUAAAGCAGACCGGCAGGCAGUUCAGGGAAGAGCGAUUAAAAUUUAGAAGUUUUCAUUCAAGGUUUCGGAACAUUAGCUGCUGGGCAUAUUGAUUUAUUAGUAUUAUUAUUUAUAUUUUUCAUCAGGUAUGUCUUUAUUGUUAUAUUUACAUUUACAUAUUAUAUUUAUAUUGGACAGCGGUAAUGUAUUGUGAGUAAUGUGACUGAAAUUGUUAGGGUUGUAGUCACUUGAAAGGAGAGCGUAUGUACUCGUACCUAUUUUUGAUAUUUUUUCCUUAUUUUAAAUUAUAAUAUUGGAUGCAAUUCAUAAUAUUUAACAUUUAAUAAUGUGUGCAUUAGGGAAUGUCAAAUUCAUACAAUAUUUACCGAUAUUUAUAUAAGUAUUUAGCAUAUAUACUUAAAUUUGUCUAAUGUGUAAUCCGAUUCCUGAGGUCAUUAACGUAUGUUACAUUGUUUCUGUUACCGUAUCAUUUUAUUGUAAACCCACUUCCAGUGAAUCUUAUUUUGAAUUCGUAAUUAUUAAUUCCCUGCAAUCUUUUGGUUGUCGUCUAGCUAUUAAACACCCUUGGUUAUAAAGCUUUCUUUAUACCUUUGUGAAAUAAGUUCGUUAUAAAUUUGUUUUGCGUUAUAUUGUUUUAUGUAAAUACCUAAAGCAUUUAAGUAUAAGAUUUAGAUAUUCAGUCAAGUAUGGGAUAUAUCAAUGUCUGGGGCCUAGUUAAAGCCCCUAUAAAUGUAUCACUUCUUUAAUUAUUAGAAAAAUAAAGAUGUAAUAUCAGAUUUUGGUUUAAAGCAAUUAAACCUUUGAAAAAUCA